UUUUCUUUUUCUUUUCCUUUUAGAUGAACCUUAUCUCUUUACUGUAAAACUACUGAUUGAUCGAUCUUUCUAUCACACAUCUCAUAUCUUCCUCACACAAGCAAACUAGUUCAGUUUUAUCUUCUCCUUUGUCAAAUCUACUUGUUAUUGAGGUGAAUACAAUUGGUGAUGGUGAGGAGGAGGAGUUUAUCAUCCCCUUGAUGGGUAAGAUUACAUUCAUUUCUUUUUCUACUGAUUCUAUUGAGUGUCACGCAUGCAUCAUCAGAAGAAGGAUCCGGUGUUUUGCCGGAAAGCGUCCGGUUUGACACAGGAGGGUUAAGUAGGGAGAGUUUUCCAAAGAAUUUUGUUUUUGGAACCGCAACUUCAGCUUACCAAGUUGAAGGAAUGGCAAAGAAAGAUGGUAGAGGACCGAGUAUUUGGGAUGUCUUUGUUGCAAUUCCUGGUAACAUUGCAAACAAUGCUACAGCAGAUGUCGCUGUGGAUCAGUAUCACCGUUACAAAGAAGAUGUAGAUAUCAUGAAGCAUCUCAACUUCGACGCUUACCGUUUCUCCAUCUCAUGGUCUAGGAUCUUUCCAGAUGGAACUGGGAAGGUGAAUUGGAAAGGUGUUGCUUAUUACAACCAGUUGAUCGACUACAUGCUCAAGCAAGGCAUCACUCCGUACGCAAAUUUGUAUCACUACGAUCUUCCUUAUGCACUUGAGAAGAAGUAUAAAGGGUUAUUAAGCCACAAUGUUGUGAAAGAUUAUGCGGACUAUGCUGAUUUCUGUUUUAAGACGUUCGGUGAUAGAGUGAAAAAUUGGAUGACGUUCAAUGAACCAAGAGUAAUUGCUUCCUUGGGUUACGACAAUGGAUUAUUUGCUCCGGCGAGGUGUUCUAAGCCAUUUGGAAACUGCACAGAAGGGGAUUCUUCGACUGAACCGUACAUUGUCGCACAUCAUCUCAUACUGUCUCAUGCUGCUGCAGUUCAGAGGUACCGCCAAAAGUAUCAGGCAAAACAAAAAGGACGGAUAGGAAUUCUCUUGGAUAUUACAUGGUAUGAACCUCUUACAAAGUCAAAAGCCGAUCACCAAGCUGCUCAGAGAGCAACAGACUUCCAUCUUGGAUGGUUUCUUCACCCAAUUGUAUACGGCGAGUACCCAAAAUCAAUGCAGAGGAUUGUCACAUCGAGACUCCCAAAGUUCACAAAGUCAGAAACUAACAUGGUGAAAGGCUCAAUCGAUUACUUAGGAAUUAAUCAAUACACUACCUAUUACGUGUAUAAUCAGCCUUUAAAGAAGAACCAGGUCAGAGGCUAUGUAUUAGAAACGCAGGUUAGAUUUGCUUAUAGUCGUAAAGGAGUACCAAUUGGACAACGGGAAAACUCCUUUUGGCUUUACGAAGUACCCUGGGGUAUAUAUAAAAUCAUGACCUAUGUUAAGGAGAAUUAUGGAAACCCGAAUGUAUUUCUUUCGGAGAACGGCGUGGACGAUCCGGGUAAUGUUACUCUUCCUAAGGCAUUACACGACACCAGAAGAAUAAAUUUUUACAAGACGUAUUUGAUUCAACUCAAGAAAGCAAUUGACCAAGGAGCCAACAUUACAGGCUACUUCGCAUGGUCAUUGCUCGACAACUUCGAAUGGAAAUCAGGUUACACAUCAAGGUUUGGUAUCGUGUAUGUCGACUACAACAACCUAAAAAGGUAUCCUAAGAUGUCGGCUUAUUGGUUCAAAACACUACUUAGUCGAAAGAAGCAUCAAGUAAUGUUUGAUGCUGCCUAGAGUUUCUUUUUUAAUCUUUCCUUUGUGUUGUGUGUUUUGAAUGGCUUCACUACCUUCCUCCUUCUCUGCACUAGCUAAGUGCCUAUUUUCCUUCUGUACUUUUUUUUUGCUUUUUCAAUAAAAGGCAGGAACUACUCUUGGGUUUACACAUAGCCUUCUAUCUGAUCUGUGUGUACUUAAGAGGGCACAUGUCCUAUUUGUGGA